GGAUUAUUUUCAAGCUGAAGCUGAGGCGAGGAUUCCGCAGUCAGCUUUAACCUGUCGUUUCCAACUUUAUCGUCCCCUCUUCAAAGCCUUGAGUGCUGCGGAGCCUUCCCCUCGUUCACCAAACCUCGCUUACCUUCUUGACCUUGCGACAUCUCACAAUGACCACUGAAGCUACGCCUAACAAUCCUCCUGUUCCGAUCGAGGAGUUGUCAAGGAUUGCGGCUGAGGCAUGCGACGCAACACUAGAAGGUGUUAGCAGCUAUGACCACGAGAAAGUUGGCCAAUGGAGCUCUCAAAUAAUCAACAAAAUCCUCCAAUCGCUAAUAUCAGCCACCACGUCCACUGGUUCCACAAGCUCUCCAUCCCCAUCAGAAUCCAAACAACCCUCCUACCGUUUUACCGUGAACUGCACUGUAAUUCAACAAGGCCUCACCGACGCGCAAUCUUCAGACUCUAACCCAGGCGCGAACUCGGUCGAAGUUGCGGGGCGGCGUGGCAUGCACUCUGCGUCGGGCGCAUACUGGGAUAUCAAGCGCGACGGGAUGUGGACAUAUAAAUACCCAAAUGGAAUCGAGAAAGGAUUGGACUUGGUGCUAAAUGUUGUCUGGUUCGGCUCGUUUUGAAGUGAACCCCGAAGAAGCGAAAGUAGGCAGUGUGCCCCUUUAUGGUGGGGAGUUGUGUUGCUUCUUUUUCUUUAAGCUAGGCUCAUGUUCAACAACACAAAAAAAGGAAGUAGGAUGAGCCGCGCGUGGAUGGUAGAUUCUUUUGGAUGUAACGAGAUCAAGAAAUUAGCGUGCGGAGAGGUCAAGGGUGAAGGUAAAGAGGAGCUUCUAUAUACUCGGCGAAGCAUUGGGUAUUGGAUCCAUUUCUUAUGCCGAUGGGUGUUUAUAAUGAAACUGGAUCUUUCAGGUCCCUCGAUUCGCGGAUUGGCGUAGAAAACCUUUAUGACUUCUCAGACCCAUGACAUGUAUUGGCAAAAGCAAUUUGCAAAACAUUAAACCUUCGGAGCCUCCUCUAUCCUAAUGUAAUAAAAUCCACCCAACGCCAUGCCUGAAGAAAUAAGUCAUUGAGAAUUUGGACAUGAAAUACAGGGAGUCGUAAAGCAAUGAUGGGGCAGAGAAGGUAUCAUAAAUUCGACGAAAAGGGUGCAUAUACAUAAAUUUCAACACCAAGAAGCUUCUUUUAACAAAUCAUCUCGGUUCCGAGUAAUCAUUCAACGCAACACACACUGCCCCUCGAUGAUGGCCGCUGUACUGUCGGAUGAUCUGCCCAGACGCAAGCUCCCACAAGCGGGCAUAAUGAUCACUGCACACCGUAACAAGAUAUGCGGAAUCUGCGGAGAAGGCACAAUCCCAAACCCAACGCUGGUGAACGGCAAGGGUGGUUUCAAGAUAAAGCGUGUUGGUGGUUGGGUCUAUAGGAGGCCUUUCUAGCAGCGCUAAUGACUGUGGGCUGGGCUCCUCAUUUUCAGUGGAGCCUUCGUAAUCAAAAUCUCUUUGGGUGGGGUGCGAAACAGGUUCACCUCUGGAGUCUGAGCUUGAGCCGUAUUCGUGGGGCCUGUCCACGGUCGUAUGCUGACUAGCGGCGGUUUCAGGGACCCCGUUGGUCAGCUGAGGUUGAUACAUAUGGGCUUUGCCGUUUGCUGCUGGAGUUUGGGGUAUUGGAGAAGAAGCAUUGUUAGGGCCUUGGACCUCCUCUCCUGCUGCGGCCCUGGCCUCAGCCGCGGCUUUUGCGGGCGGGUAUUCCGGGUCAAGGUUCCAAAUUCUAGCAGUAUGAUCUGCCGAACAAGUUGCGAGAUGUUUAACAUCAGGGGACAACAAAACCCUUGUGAUGUAGUCCUUGUGUGCCUGGAAGGUUGCGAUGGGCACUAUUUUGGUAAGGUCGUGAUCUUGCACCAUGCGCCAUAGGUAUACAUUUCCCUAUAAUGCACCACAUGAGCAAGGUUGGCAUUUCACACAAAG